AUGACACUCAGUGGUCUGUUAUUUGCAUUUCUGGCUACUGGAAAAUGUCUUGCCGAGGUCGUCCUUCCCGUUCGACCCGCGACUCGCAUAACAGAGCUGUCGACCAUUGACUCCUCUCGCACGGGUUACCACUGGGCAUCGGGCACGGGAACUGGUGACGGUCUUAACUUACUCGAUAUCGUUUUGGUUGCCUCUGUCGACGGGAAGCUCCAUGCACUCAACCGGAACUCUGGCGAAACAGUAUGGUCCAUGGCAGGCGGGGAGGGCACAGCGCCGGCGACCCUGGGUCCUCUCGUCCGCACACAGCACCCCGACAUCGAUCCCGACCUGACGGACGACGACUCCGACUACCAGGACGUCUAUGUUGUUGAACCUCAGACUGGGGACAUCUUCAUCAUGUCCUCGCCGAACAGCCCAUUAAAGCGCUUGCCCUUUUCCGUUCCUCAGCUCGUGGAUUUGUCGCCAUUCAGUUUCUCUUCUGACGAUGACAAAAGGUUGUUCAUCGGUAAGAAGGAGACAUCACUCCUACUGAUUGAGCUCGAGACGGGGCGAGUGAAGGCGACCCUCAACUCAGAGUGUCCAUGGGACCCGUUUCAGGAUAUGGCCGAGCCUGCAGAGUUCGACAUAGAUCUAGACGAGUUAGAGGGGACAAAGCCGCCCAAGUUGCCGUCGAACCCCACGGAGGUAUAUAUCGGGCGCACAGACUACACGGUUUCGAUUCAUACCCGUCCCUCCCGUCCCUCCUCCACCAAACCGCCAAUCCAGAAACUCUCGUUCUCUGUUUAUGGCCCCAAUAACGAGGACCUCGCGCUACAAGCGUUGUACAGGCACACUGCCGAUAACGCGUAUAUCCAGCCAUUGCCAAGCGGCGAAAUACUCUCGAUCAAGCCUUCGAACUCAAAUACACCCAAUUCUGAGGCUACGCACAUACCCGAGAUGAUUUGGGGUCGAACAUUUUCAACACCAAUUGUUGCUGUGCUUGACGUUCUGCGAGCGCCAGAACGGAGAAAUCCGUUCGUGCUCCUGCAGCCGCGCCUGCAUCUUCAGGAGAUUCUUCCCAACGCCGACUUGCAAACACCAAUUAUGCGCAACCGGCUAGAAUCUGCAUUCGUCGGGAUGGUCGAAGAGACAGGCUCCCUAUUCGCCAUGAGUCCGAGCACUUACCCAAUGGUGGUCUUCGGAGACGCAGGUGUGGGGCGCUUCCUCGACUCGGCGCCCGUCGUGGGCGACUACGAUCUUCCUGGCGACCUCGAUGCGGUGACGCGCAAAGCGAAAGAGCGGAAAAUGCGCAAGAUGUGCCAGGAUGGAAGCAUGGACCGGCGGUGCCUCACAGGCGUGCACAAGCUGGUAUCAUCAAGCGAGUCUAGGUUAAGCAGGCUUCUCGACGGCGUGCCGACAGCUCUCGAACCGCCUCGAACUAGUGCACCAGGCAAUAACACUCGUCGUGUGUCCAAUGGUGCACCUGAUGGUGAUGAGUCGCCAGCCAUUCAUCGACAAAUGAUGGUAUGGGAUUUGCAGAGAGAUGCACCGCUGGAUGACGAUCUACCCAGAUUGGACCCAACGCUGGGUGACGACCUACCUAAAUUGGACCCAAUCUCGUCUGUCCAGGCAUUCUCGGCUUUUGCGGUGUGCGCGCUCGCCCUGCUCGCGACUCUCGUUUGGCUCGGAAUGAGGAGCAAGUCGAGCCGACGUCCCGUCCCCCCCAAAGUCACCCGUAACCCAUCGGAAGGCUCUGAGAACCCCGACAUUGACACCUCGUCAAUCCCAGUACCUGGAGACUACAAAUUGGCAGACGUUGCGGAGGAUGUGAAGGUUCCUGGUUCCGACAUCUCUCGCUCGCCUACACCUAUUCCAAUUACUGUGUCCGACUCGGGUAAAUUUGUGGAUACGCACGAACAGAUAGCUUCAGAUGAUCUACCUGGCGCAUCGCAAGAAGGCGGCGCUGACGGCGACGAUAGCGAGAAGGAAGGCGACACGCCCGCUACUCCAGGAAGGCGGAAGGGCCUGAGGCGCAAACGCGGAAAGAAAAAGAAGGGCGGUGCUGCGGCCAAUGGCAAUGGUGCCGUUACGGACGCAGAAGCGGAUAGAGAUGGAGAUCUUGCUCCCGGGUCGGACAACGCUCAGGUACCUCCUCCGUCGACGCCUAUACCGGUCGUCCCAUCCCUCGUUGUGUCGGACACGAUUCUGGGAUUCGGAUCCCACGGCACUGUCGUGUUCAAGGGCUCACUGCAGGGCCGGGCAGUGGCUGUCAAGCGCCUUCUGCAAGACUUUGUCACACUUGCCUCGCGCGAGGUCAAUAUUCUACAAGAGUCUGAUGACCAUCCGAACGUCAUCCGGUACUACUACCAAGAGUCGCAGAGCAACUUCCUCUACAUUGCACUUGAGCUCUGCCCGGCAUCACUAGCAGACAUCAUCGAACGUCCAGAUGGCCACCGUGACAUCGUCAUCGCUUUCGAUCCGAAGCGUGCACUUCGCCAGAUUACGGCUGGCCUCAGACAUCUGCAUGCGCUGAAGAUCGUCCACCGUGAUAUCAAGCCCCAAAAUAUAUUGAUAUCACAUGCGAAGAAGGGUAUCGGCGAGACCGCCGGGCACAGGAUGCUCAUUUCCGAUUUCGGUCUCUGCCGAAAACUGGAGGUCGACCAGACGAGCUUCCUGCCCUCUGCAAACGGCGCAAUGGCUGCAGGUACCGUUGGCUGGCGGGCGCCGGAGAUCUUGCGUGGAGAGGUCAAGCUCGAUGAUGCGACAGGAGAUGAAUCACAGUCAUCCCGCGGGUCCGUCGGCAGCAUCAAUGGCACGCCGACGGGCAAACCCGCGCGCUUGACGAAAUCCGUCGACAUCUUCGCGCUCGGAUGUCUGUACUAUUAUGUGCUGACGAACGGCAGUCACCCAUUCGGCGACCGCUACGAGCGCGAGGUGAAUAUCCUCAAGAAUGCGAAGUGCUUGGAUGGCCUAGAACACUUCGGAGAAGAGGGCUCGGAAGGAGCCGACCUCAUUAACCGCAUGCUGAACCCUGAGGCAUAUGACCGCCCGGAUACCAGCACAUGUCUGCUGCAUCCGUACUUCUGGGACCCGGGAAAGCGAUUGACGUUCCUUCAGGAUGCAUCUGAUCGGUUCGAGAUCAUGUGUCGAGAUCCCCGAGAUCCAAAUCUCAUCGUGCUGGAGACCGGCGCGUUUGACGUUGUUGGGAACGACUGGCACUCUCGGCUUGACAAGCUGUUCAUCGAAAAUCUUGGUAAAUUCAGGAAGUACGACGGCCGUUCUGUACAGGAUCUGUUACGCGCAUUACGGAAUAAGAAACACCAUUACCAGGACCUGCCCGACAAUGUCAAACGACUACUCGGGACCAUGCCCGAGGGCUUUUUGGCAUACUUCACUCGCAAAUUCCCUCACCUCUUCCUACAUGUCCACUCAGUCGUCUCUGCAACAUCGUUGCGCAAUGAGUCAAUGUUUCGUACAUACUUCGAACUAACCGACUAAUCAUCUGCAUCAUCUGGAACGGACCGUAGCAUCGUCAUCUAAUGUCAGUUAUUCGUCAUGCUGUAUCUGUAUCGCAAUGCUUUUUGUACCUAUCAUUAUAUAUUACUGUUACACUGUUACAACAAGGGUCUGUUGAA